AUGGAUCGCAUCAAAAUGGACAUUCUUGGAAUAGGUGAACUAAAAUGGACAGGAAAUGGUCAUUUUACAUCAGGUAACUACGAAGUUUACUAUUCUGGUAGUGAAAACAUCAGAAGAAAUGGAGUAGCCCUGAUUGUAAACAAAAAACUAAUCAAUUCAAUAAUUGGCUACAACACAAAAAACGAUAGAAUGAUUUCUAUCCGUUUACAAGGAAAACCAACAAAUUUAACAAUAAUACAAAUUUACGCACCAACUACAGAAGCAGAAGAAUCAAUCAUCGAAAAUUUCUACAUGGAAUUACAACAACUAUUAGACAAUGUUCCAAAAAAAGACACAAUCCUGAUCAUCAGCGAUUGGAAUGCAAAAGUUGGCGAAACAGAAGUUCCUGGAAUAGUUGGAAAAUUUGGACUUGACAAACGCAACGAAGCAGGCGACAGAUUAAUCGAAUUCUGUCAAGAAAAUCAUAUGGUUAUUACAAACACAUGUUUCCAACAACCGAAACGACGAUUAUAUACAUGGACAUCACCAAAUGGACAACAUUGA